AUGUGUCUGUGCCAGGCUCGCUUUGUCGAGGGCAUCGAUGGCGAAGUCAUCACACGUCACCUGCGCGCCAGUUUUUGGCAGCAAUUUCUCGUCAUGGGUGACCCCAGCGAUACGAUCAAGCGCAAGAGACCCGUACAAGAGGAAGAUCUCCUGAGAAAGAAGAACACGGAGCUCGAGACUCAGCUGGAUGAGCAGCAAAAGUUGUACGAGCAGCUCGCAGAGCGAGAAGAGCACCUUUCGGAUUGGUCGUCACAUCUGGAGGGUCGUCUGAAGGCUCAGCAACAGUGGAAUGGAAAGCUUGACAAGUCGUUGGAAGACGAGGCAGUGACGUCAGCAAUGGCGGCCUUGCAGCUAGGGGAGCAAGGAAUGCUGCUUGUCAAGCAGCGCGACGACAUCGAGACACAGCGCAAGACCAAUGCGGAGCAGCGUCAGGCAAGCGACGACCAGCUCGCAACCAUCGAGCAGCAGCGCAAGACCAUCGAGGCGCAGCACGCAACAGGUGAAAAGCAUCUUCAGCAGAUCAAAGAGCAGCUCGACGCCAUUGACGAGCAGGCCAGAAUCAUUGACCAGCAGAGCAGACUCCUGGACGAAUAUCAAGCCAUCAUCAAGACGCAGGCCCUCACUCUUCAAGCCUUUGUCGACGGAAGCAAGCGCGAGGCUCCCUCAAUGACCAACGAUAUCGAACGCCGGCUGACGGAGAUCGAGUACAAUCAGACCUUGGCACUGAAGCGCACCCGUGACUGCCUUCUCGAGCGUCAAGCAGGCGCGGAGCAGGCCGAGAGUUGCAACAAGAAAGACGAGCGAGCCUCCUCACCGAGCCUGGGAGACCUUCGCACAGCUUUUGAGCAGCAAGAGAUGCUCGAGGCUCGCGUGUCCAAUCUUGAGGACACCAUUGCGUUUGGCAACAUCAGUGAUCGACUGGAACGCCUCGAGGUCGCUUCCACGCUAAAACUCGAGGCGGACGCCACGGCCCGGAUCGACCUUGAUCGUCGUCUCAUCAGCGUGUGCGAGAACAUGUCGCAAUUCGAACGUCGUCUGGCUCUACUCGAAGCCACCUCGACGGCCUCGACGACUUCCUGGCUGCUGUCGCCUCCAAACCACAGCGAUUAUGAUCUCUCUGCUUUUGACGUCACUUGA